ACUAAAACAAUAAGUUUGGGCUUUGGUUUUAAAUUGCUCAUACAGUACGAAUUGGACAUAGAAACGGCCCAAUUCGAAAUAAGUAGCCCAAUCUGAAAUUGGUAAAACCCUAGAACCUUCUACUUCAUCCCUCGUAUUCCAUCAUCACUUUCCAAUUCAAUCACAUCAAUCGAAAAUGGCGAAACGCUUAAUCCCAACCUUGAACAGGGUGCUGGUGGAGAAAUUAGUGCCCCCUUCCCAAACCGCAGCUGGAAUCCUCCUCCCGGAGAAAUCCUCCAAGCUGAACUCUGGAAAGGUGAUUGCAGUCGGACCCGGAGGUCGCGACGUUGCCGGAAAUCAUAUUCCGGUUACGGUGAAGGAAGGUGACGAGGUUCUGUUGCCUGAAUAUGGCGGGACGGAAAUCAAAUUAGGCGAAAAAGAGUACCAUUUGUAUAGGGACGAAGAUAUUUUGGGUACACUGCACCAUUGAUUCAUCGGGGAUCUCAAUGUUGAAUAUGCGAGUAUUGGAGAGUUUAGUGUCUAGUGAUGCUGCACAUUGUUGUCAACUCUUUUUCUUCAAUUCCAAUAAUCAACGAAUAUUUCGUUUAUAUCGUUUUUUAUGCUCUUCUAAAUCGGCUCUUGUGGUAUAUUAGGCCAUGUGUCUCUUCAUUCUUUGGGCCCAUUGUACUUUUCACUUCAUUAUUAAUGAAGAGAUCGAACCUCCAAUUUUCCUUCUCUUAUUAA